AUGUCUGAAGUAUCUGAAUGUCUUGCAAAAUUAAUUCAAGAAAAUAGUGAAACUUUACAAAAGUUUGAAAAAUGGAUAUCAAAUCAGCCUCAUAUUCCCAAGAACAUCCCCAGAGCAACUUUAAUGAGAUUUUUAAAAGUUUGUAAGUUUAAUCUUGAAAAGGCUGAAAGUUUGCUUGACAUAAAUGUAAAGUUCAAGAUUAAGCACCAAUAUCUUUUUACUGAGCGAGAUAUUAACUCUGAAGAAAUCCAAAGAGCUAUCAAAACAGUUCAUUUCGUGGGAUUUCCAAAAUUAACUAAAGAAAGAUACUGUGUCGACUCAUAUCGCAUUGUGAGCUCUAAUCCUAAUGAUUUCAUUCUUAAGGAUAUAAUUAAGCUUUUAUACAUGAUCCAUGACAUGAGUAAUAUUAUUAAACCAGAUAUGGACGGAGUAGUAAUAAUUUACGAUGCAAAAGAAUUCAGCUUAUCACAUUUUAUUAAAUUAUUAUCACAAGGUCAAACUGUGCUGCAUUUUAUGCAAUUUGGACAAGAGACAACGUGUGUGGAUAUAAAGCAGAUUCACAUUAUUAAUUGCUCAUACGUCGUCAGCAAACUUGUUUCGUUUAUAAAACCUUUUCUGACAAAACAACUGAAAGACACAAUGCACUUCCAUCAUACAGGUUUUGAGAUAUUACAUAAGUUUAUUGACAGAGAUUGUCUUCCUCUUGAUUACGGUGGUUCUGAAGGAACAUUGGAAGAAUAUAUGGAGAAUAUAAUAAGAAACUUACAUAAACAUAGUGAAUUUGUUGGAAAUGAUGAGAAUUUUUUCUUGAUAAAUGAAUAAAGUUGA